AUGGAUGUCGAUACAUCUAUUAUUCUCAACCCUAACUUCACAAUUGCCGAGAUGCUUGCCCGACGGGGAGACUCAGCAUCACAGGAUUGGGACAAGACACUGCUUGACUUUGUUCAAGAUGGUGUCGAGUUUUCGUGGAAUCUGGUUUGGACGUAUUUUAUUGAAAUGUUGAAGAAGUUAGGUCUACGGUUUGGACCCAAACGUCGUCCCAUUGAACGCAUACCAAAUGACUACAUCCCCGAACCACCGUUCCGAAGCUUCCCAAUUGUCUUUGUCAUCCACCUGAUCUACGCCGCCAUCCAUUUCGCUGGGUGGGGCUUUCAUUUCCCAAGCCGAAUAGAGCUCAUUCUUUGGCGAGUGGCUGUAAGUCUGACGGCAGGGGUGAUCUUUCUAAUCUGGUCGGUCGAGAUCUACGCUUUCCGGGGGAUGCCCUACUUCAGCCAACUUCACGAGCACCUACGCAAGCACACAGGAUCAAUCCAACGGCUACGCAAACAUCUUGUAUGGAUCUUGGAACUAUCGAUUUGGGAGCAGACUCACCGAAUCGCUGAGCGUGUGCGAAAUUUUGCUGGCCGCGGCCCCAUCUGGAAAGUGCCCUUGAGGGUACUGGUCCCAUACUACAUUGGUGGCUUUCUUUAUGCCCUGGCCCGUGCAUACAUUCUUUGGGAAGCGAUUUUCACUUUGAGAGCGUUGACACCAAGUGCGUACAAGACUGUCGAGUGGUCUGCUGUUCUCCCCCAUUUUUGA